CCCCCUUCCUUCCGCUCCUCACUUUCUCUCUGCCAACUGAAACAAAACAGCGCCGGAUUUUCUCGGGAAAUUUCAAUCUCUCUUCCCAAUUCCAAAAAAAUGUCGGCCGGACUCUCCAAGUGCGCCAAAAUCCGCCACAUUGUGAGGCUGCGCCAACUGCUGCGGCGGUGGAGGAACAAGGCCAGGGUGUCCUCGGCGACCAACAAGCAGAUCCCCUCCGACGUCCCUUCCGGCCACGUCGCCGUCUGCGUCGGCUCGAGCUGCCGGAGAUUCGUCGUCCGUGCCACGUACCUGAACCACCCGGUCUUCGUCAAGCUCCUGACCCAAGCCGAGGAAGAGUUCGGGUUCUCCAACAACCAGGGUCCCCUGACCAUCCCCUGCGACGAAUCCGUCUUCGAGGAAGCCAUCCGGUACAUAGCCAAGUCCGAUGGGUCAAAUCGAUUCAUGAAUUUGGAGGAUCUCAAGCUGAAUUGCCAUUCGAUUCGCCGGAAGCCGUCGGAUUUGUGGACGGAGUCGCGUCCCCUGCUCGCGGAGAAACCCACAAUCUGGUGAUUACUGGGCCGGGUGGAAUUUCGGAUUCGGUUCUGGGUUUCUGACCCGGGGAGUCGACUCGGGAUUUAGUUUAGCAUAAUUUUUUUGGUUUGCUAUACCGGGUUUUCACUGAGUUGAUGAGUUGGGUUUGCUGCCGAGUUGACGCGAAGAGUGUAUAGUUUCCUUUUUGAGGAGGAUUACCGAUGGAGAUGGCUGAAAGAACAGAGUGGUCGGGCCGAGUUGUUGACCCAUUCUGAGUCGUCCCGGGGUUCGAAUCAGAGUGGAGGCGGAAUCGGCCGAGUUUGAGUUGAGUCGAGUCGAGUGAGCUAGCAAGCCAGCGAAACUCUGUUUUUUUUUGUAAAUUCUUGUCAUUAUUCUUGUUAUUGAUUCGAUUAAUUAAUGGUGGGAGAAGAAAGGAAAAGGGAAGCAUUAUAGAGGAAAGAGAGAUUAUUAAGGUCCUAAUUCCAUUAUUGUUUUCACUCCCCUCCCCAUUAAUUUUAGUUACUUAAUUAUCUUUCUCUUUAAAUAAGACAACAAUUAAUCUCUUAAUGGGAAGUGUUACAAUUUGUCUUGACAUUAUUUAAUUAUGCCUGGAAAAUAUAUAUUCAGGUAAUUAUAUUUUUUUAUCGUUUUCCAUCAAUUGGAUUGACAUUUACCUUAUACUCGUUUAUCUCUAGUGUGUUUUAGUAUUGACGACGACUUAACUUCGAAUAAUUUUUUCGUGAUAUUUACUUUCUUGCGGGCCUCGCCUAUUUAUUUGCGCCAAAAGGGGUAUAAAAUUUAAUAAGUGCU